UUGUGAUUUCGUCAUUCUUCAGCUGCAGGCACGGGAAUAGAUAAUUUUACAUAACAAGUGGACUAUUGUUUAUUUUAUAUUGUUUGCUGUAGUGUCGGUCAAGUGCUGAAACACACCCUUACCUCUCACACGCAAUGGCAUCGACAAUAGAAAAUUUUUACAAGAAAACAACCACUGCAGGCAUGAAGGAUUGGCCACGGGACGCCGUUCUGUACCAACCGUACGAAGAAGAACAGAUUCUGCUUGCCGAAAAUGCUAGCUGUCUGGCGGUACGAACCUAUCUAAAAAUGCUAAACCUUCCCGUGGCCCUGCAGCAACGGGCGAACGCCGAAUUCAUCUCGCCCGGCGGCAAACGGACCAAGCUGCCCGUGCUGCGGGUGGAAAACUUCAUAUACGCCGAGUUUGAUCACAUCGUGACGUUUGUGGAGCAAAAUUUUAACAAAUCGCUCAACGCACUCCUUUCCCCAGACGAGAAAGAUUUGAUGCGUUCGCUCAUCUGCCUGGCGGAGCACAUCUUUACCAAUGCCGAGCAGUACAUUAGCUGGAUUGAUGCAGAUGUACGCGAUACGGUUACGAAGAAACGCAACGGAUGCGUGUUUCCGUUUCCACUGAACUACGUGCAAAACUGGCGCAAGGAGAGUGCCGUAAAGCGGCAGCUACGUAUGGCCGAUUAUUUGAACGUAAACCUGGAGAAGGUUAUUGCGGAUGUGGAUCAUCUGUGUCAGGAUUUGAGCGAACGGUUGGGCGAUAAACAGUAUUUCUUCGGCAACAACCCCACGGAAUUGGAUGCACUCGUGUUUGGACAUCUGUAUAGCAUUUUCACCAUGAAGCUGCCUAACAACGUGCUCGCAUUAACAAUCCACAAGUACAGCAAUUUGAAUCAAUUCUGUUUAAACAUCGACGUGGCUUACUUCACAGCGAAGGAAAAGGGCAAGGGAAUGAAUUAGCUUCGCAACGAGGUGCUUUGCAGUUUGCAAAUAUAUACACGUGCGUAAUAUUCUGAGUGUACUGCCUGGAGUUGUGUUUGGCAGU